GUUACGGACGCUGUGUGUAACAGUGUAAUUGCCUUGCGAAAAUCGUGAAAAGUACAAAACUGACUAUAAAUUAGACACUUGUAAUACGGCAGUAUAUAACAGAAGAUAACCUAUUAAGAGACUGAACAAUUUUGUUAACCUAACUAAAAUUUUUUUCUACGAGACGGAGACGAAUAAAUGAGCAUCGUAAACCAUAUAUUAUGGACAUUGCGGAAAACUCAUAAUUAAAAGAUUCCACCACAUGACAGGACAGUUCUUGAUCUUGAGAAGGCUAUUUUGUGGAGGCUAUCGUGUGUAUUUUGAAGAGAAAACAUCUGGAAUUGUUUUAGAAUCCAAAGAAGUAAGAAAAAAUUAUUGCAAAUGUGGAUGAAGUUGGAAGACCUAAAUAUAUAGUUCUGUUUAAAACAUAAACAAGAAUGGAUCUAUUGUAUACCGUUAACAGAAGGACUUCCUCAAAGUUCUUUUCCAAUCAAGAAUGUUUAUAUGUAUGUGAUGGACAGUCUUUAUGUUCUUUAUCCAGUCGAAACAUAGCAGCGUUUACUACGAUGACAGAAUUGGAUGACAAUAGUGGCAAGACACGAGGUUGCCAUGUUUAUGUAACAGACUUGAAUAUGCCAUGGCAUGCUCAUAAAAUUCUUUCAAAUAGACACAAUAUUACUGCAUUAGAAUGGGAUCUACCCGGUGACAAAUUAGUAGUGGCUGAUGUUGCUGGAAAUGUACAGCUAUGGAUGUUAAAGGACCAUAUUUUGAAUGACUGGACUUUAAUAGGUUCCACAUGUUUUCCCGGUGAACAUAUAUUAGGUGCAGCUUGGUUUCAUAACGGCAAGAAGACAGGACUGGUAACAGAAAAAAAGGAUAGUAUCCAUUAUAGUGAAAAAUUUAAUUAUCUCCAGUUCGCACCUUCGGUGAGGCAAUUUGGUGGCAGAGCCGCUGAAGGCGUUCUAGUAGUAUCGACAACAGGUAUGGUUGGUGCAAUCAUGAUCACAAAAGAUUUACAAAUGCCAAUUUGCUACUUAACGGAAAGUCUUGGUAGCACAAGGCACAGGAUAACUGCGGUUGAUUUAUGUUACGGCAAAAAUGGUCACUUCCUCGUUGCAGUUAGCAGCGGUAAUAUUUGUUUGCCAAUAAGAUGCUACAACGUGUUGGUACGCAGAAAAGAUGAUAAAUAUACUAUCACUUCGCAGGCUCUGCCGAGUUUCUUUUUGCAAGAUGGAGCGCCCAAGGAUAAUUCAUGUACAAUUGUAACACAUCUGAAAUUCGUAGUUAGAGAAGACGCAGAUUCUCUGGUUAUUGCAGGAAAUAGCGAAAAUGGCGGAUUUCUGGAAGUAUGGAAGUUGCAUGAAAAAUCACAACCCGUUCAUAAGCUCUUUCAACAACCAAAGAACCUGGAAUCUUCCCAAACAGUUGUUUAUUGGCAGUAUCAGUCACAAUAUCGCUGUCAGUCACCAGUUACGGCGAUAGCAACUACAAAAUUAUCCAUAGAAACAACUUUACCACCUCCAAGUUAUGUGAUAAUAGCACUGGCGGAUUCUUCAGUACAUUGCUUAAAUCGCUUGGAUUGUCUCAAAGAAAUGACAUUUUCAUCUUUAAAUAUGGGCUGGCGCCAAGACGAACCUAGUAGCAAAUAUUUCAAAAGUUCAGUAUCUAUAUCCCACAUGGAUCUUUCGUGGUUAGGAUGUGUACUUCUUGCAUGUGAUACCCAUGGCAAUUUAUAUCUCUAUAAAUUGUUACCAGAUGGUAGCGCAGGUAUAUCAAUGACAUUGAGUUAUGCCUGUACAUUGCUGGAAUAUUGUUUGGUGACUGGUUUGGAUUGGCUAGACAUACUUUUAUGUCUAAGAUCAUCUAUGAUUGAGACAUUGUGCGAGCGAUUAGAUGUUUCUUUCAACAGGCAAUCACAGUCUACACAGCAGUAUCACUACGUUCAGUUUUUGUGUAUCAAGACGUCGUUAUAUAGAAUGCUUGUGACGGGACAGAGUAAAGCAGGAGAUUUAUCAUCAUUAUUAAUGAUACACUCAGUAGCUACGGCCUUUAAGUCUCUAUUGAGACCAUCGGAUAUGAUAUCUCACGAUAAAGGACCAGCUGAGAGCUUAGCUGCGGUUAUAACAGAUGUUAUUACUGAUGUCGACAAGGUGCUACUACAUCUUGAUCCGAAGGAAUUUACGGUGGAGCCAAGCACGCUACAAUCAUUACAGCAACUCAUACAAUGGGUAGCUGAUUUAGCUUUGAAUUUACUGGCUAGACUACCUGAGCAAAGGAUGCAGAUAAAGACUGGUGGUUAUGAACUUCUUAAGGAUCAUAAGGCUUUGAACACCGUUCGGGAACUGCUAGUCAUCAUACGAAUCUGGGGAUUGCUUCGUCCAUUAUGUCUCCCAGUAUUUCUUCGUAGCGCGGACAGUCUGGACGUUCUCGCAUUGCUGUUCCGCUUGUUGUCGAAAUUAGUGCAACCCAAUGGAGAACAGCAGCAACAAGUGGAUGAUGGUUUAAUUGAUGAUUGUUGUUUACUGCCAAAUCAAAUCAUGAUUCCGCAAUUGCACCAGGGUAAUAGCAUAACUGCUAUAGUUUCACCAGUUUUGUUUUACCAGAACUUUCCAUUGCAGCUGGAAUAUGGAGUGGAACCAGAACAGCUGCUUUUUACACCAGAAAUGAAUCCCGUUGAAGGUUGUAUGCAUAGCGGCCAGAUUGUAGACACUAUUCGACACUUGUAUCUAGGGAAACAGCCGCUUUUAGUAAAGCAAUGCACGAGAUGUGGCGGUAAAGCGCAAAUACAGAAUAUGAUGAGAACAGCUGCAGUUAGAGCCUGGGACCAAAGAUGGACGCGAGCUUGUCGUUGCGGCGGUAUUUGGCGAAUUCACAAAGCCUGUUAGUGUGUGUGUGUGUGUGCGUGACAAUUACUUGAGAAUUCAUAUUACAAAACGAGCUUCUCUACAUUCAAGUACCGACAAUGAUACGUAUUUGGACUUGGUAUUCCGUCCGUCGUGCAAAAUUUGAAGUCUACAUUUUUGAGAUCGUUUUUUUUUUUACUGUCUUGCAACACUUGAAAGAAGUAAUUAAGGAGAUCUCUUAAUUACUUACUACAGCUAUCUUAUUAUCUUACAUUGUUAUUGGCGAAAAUAACAUAUGAAUUAGUUUUCGAGAAGAGUCGAAAUAAC